CGGCAAGCUCCCUGCCCGGCCCGCAUGUCGUCCGACGCCCCGCGGUUUGCGGCCGUCUCACUUUACGGCUGCGGGGCUAGUGGCGAGUGGAGGGAAGAGCGGAGGAAGUGACGCAAGAGGAGGAGGAGGAAGCUUCUAGUGUCUGGCUCCUUCUGAAACUGAGACGAUGCCAGCCCUACUGGAACGGCCCAAGAUGUCGAGCGCAAUGGCGCGGGCUCUUCACCAGCACAUCAUGAAGGAGCGAGCACGGAAAAGACAAGAGGAGGAGGAGGUGGACAAAAUGAUGGAACAGAAGAUGAAAGAGGAGCAGGAACGGAAAAGGAAGAAAGAGAUGGAGGAGCGGAUGUCACUGGAAGAGACAAAGGAACAGAUUUCCAAGAUGGAGUUAAAACUGCAGAGCCUACAGGAGGAGAAGCACCAGCUCUUUCUGCAACUGAAGAAAGUUCUUCAUGAAGAAGAGAAGCGACGGGCUAAGAUGAAGGAGCAGAGGUACAAGAGGCUUUUCUGUCUCAAGGCAUCAGGGCCAACAGUGAUUACACUUGCAAAACGUUUCUUUGGUUGCAAAGUGCUUUGGAACAUUCUGAGGGUUGUGAAACAUUGCAGACACAAACAGCCUCCCUCGAGAACACUGAGGUACCACCGCCAGGCCAGGUACUUCACCAAUGCAGCCGUUCUUUACAGUGAUAUGAACACCCUGACCCAGGCUACCUACCCACAGGCACUGGCUGUCCAUUCCAGUCAGCAUCUGAUCAAUAUACAAGAAGGCCACGGGAGACCAGGGGGGCUGCUGGGAGAUCGGCCGAAAUCGCAGAUGUUCCCAUCGGGAGCCAUAGCACAGAGCCGUGCAUUCACGGUACAGGCUGGAUUCACAGCUGCACAAACAGACCAUCCACAGUACCAGACUGGCCAGUCAGGACAUAGCAGUUACCCAGUUAGCCAGACACAACAUGGACCACCGUACGGGCCGGGACAGACUGUCACCUACGCCAGUAGCCAACAGCUUCGAGGGCCUUCUGCUUUCCAGGCAAUGUCUGCGUACAUCCCACAUCAGCAGACUGCGUAUGCUGUCCAUGGGCACUUCACCCCUCAACAAGGCUUCAUUCCUCCGAGUACGGCAAUUCCGUUACAGAAACAGCUGGAACAUGCAAACCAGCAGUCCGGAUUCACCGAUUCUGCUGCGUUAGCCUAUGUCCACCCACAGAGACCAGCAUCGCCUGGGGGCUUUCCUCACGGGACACCCCCUCAGCAAGCCCUCCCGACUGGUUUCCAAACGACAAGUCAGGCAGCUCCCCGACAUGCCUACCUGCAGCACAGUCAAGGACAGCGUUACUACCAUCAGUAACCCUCCAGGAGGCACUUGGAUCACCACCUUCCCCACCCCUCUCCCCCCAUCUCACCUCCGUGUCUGGGAGAAUGGGGAGGAGGAGGAGAUCCUGAUCAAAUUAUCACAGUGAAGACAGACACCUCUGAAUCAUGGAAUGUUAGCCAUUGUUUCUCUAUACAAAUAGUGGCUAGUUUGUGUCUCCUAAGUGAUCUCAGUUUUGAGACAUGAUCUGAAUGGGGAGGAAGGGGUGAAUUUUAAAUUGCAGUGAUCAGCAAACUCCCACCCUAGCAGGGAAAGGCAGUAGGUGUGUGGUUUCUUUUCUGUUUUGAGUGGUGAUGCUUUAGCUACCAUUGGGUCCCACAUGGAAGUUGCUGAAUUGUUAUUUCCUGAUGUGUCCUGGACGAGGAUCUGAGUAACUGAAGGUUUGGAUGUUUCUUUGCUGUAUUGUUGGAACACUCUUGCCUCUGGAAUGCCAUGCAGUGCUCCCCCUGCUCGCCCUCUGACUUCUUGUUACUCUGCAAGUUCCCGAGAAGCUUUCUCCUUCCUGAUUUUACCCCUCCCUCUUUAAGUCAAGUGCGGCUGCCGGAGGGAACUGUAGUUUGAGAGUGUCGGCAGGAUUUCAACUGCAUUAGGGCACCUGACCUAGUCCUCAAUGAGCUGUUCUCAAUGGCUGGAUUUGGAUUGGUUCCCCCCAGGGUGGUAACGUCCCCUCCACUGCUGCCUUGUACUGAGUGACAGCCGCUGAGGGUCAGACACUUUGUCACCAUCUCCGGAUCACCUGACACUUCACAAUGAGUGAAGUGUAUUCAGAAAUGCAGCACAGUUUGCCCACCUGAGAUUCCCCAGUGAGAGAAAUGACUGGAUAAUAUGGCACUUUUGGAAGCGUUGGUUGAGGGAUAAAUAUUGAUUGGGGAGAAUUCCUCUCACAUUCCUCUAAUCCUGACCCGGGAUCUUUCCCAUCUAGCUGAGGGGUAGUCCAGGGGCCUUGGUUCAAGUUCCCAGCCGGAAGAGGUGAUGUCAGUCAGUGCAGCACUCUCCCUGAGCACUGCAUCAGCAAAGGCAGAUUUCAAAUCCUGGACAAGUCUCUGGAGCGGAGCUUGAACUCACGUUCUUCCACCUCAGGGGCAUGAAAGCUGAGGAGGGAGGGAGAAGAAGCUGCAAAAGGUUGGACAGAUGUCGGAGAGAGAUUUGAUAUCUAAAUGAGAUUGAUGCUGAAAUUGUUGGAUUUUUUGCCUCAAUUUUGGGCAGUAAACUGACACCAAAACUGCCUCCAAAUUUGGGACCAGCCUGACUGUCUCACUGAGAAAGGGCAAUGGUACAACUGCUGCACUUCUGCAGUAGGAGUCAUCACUUCUGAGUUUGAAGCUCAUGCACUUUGUAGAGUCAGUAAAAGGUAGAGCUUUACUCUGUAUCUAACCCCGUGCUAUACCUGUCCUGGGAGUGUUUGAUGGGGACAGUGUACAGAGUGCUUUACACUGUAUUUAACCUUGUGCUAUACCUGUCCUGGGAGUGUUUGAUGGGGACAGUGUAGAGGGAGCUUUACACUGUAUGUAACCCCGUGCUGUACCUGUCCUGGGAGUGUUUGAUGGGGACAGUGUAGAGGGAGCUUUACUCUGUAUCUAACCCCGUGCUAUACCUGUCCUGGGAGCGUUUGAUGUGGAGUGAUGCUCCUCAAGCUCUCUGACCAAUUAUUUCUCUAUCAGAGAUACCUCUGUUCUCUGUGGAACAUGGCUGAUGACCUUACCCGUCUAUACUGCUCAAGUUAUGAGUGCUGCAGAAUCUAUCUACUCUUUGUAAGUUUAAAUGGAUGAUUGCCUGAAUCGUACUCUAAGGUGUUGUGCGCUGAGUUGUUGCUGCCCUGGCCUUUCACUAUCAGGGUGAAGUCCCUCUUUCUGGCUCUGCUGCGGGUGUCGACCAGUUGCUGUACUGACAGCCCUUAUCUGGUCUUCGCCAUGAAAGCCACAAGGACAAUACUGAAAGGGUGUGCGGUGAGAUACACGUCGAGGAACUCAGCCUGAUCUGAUUUCUCAACCCUGAAACAACACAGGAGACUAUUCAGCCCAUCGUGCCUCUCCUCUGCCGGCUCUUUGAAUUAGUUCCCCUCUCUUCCUGCUCUUUCCCCGCAGUCCUGCAAGUGUUUCCUUUUCAACUAUUUAACCAACUCCUUGUGGGAUCUGUUUCCACCAUCCUUUGGAAUGCAGACUGUUUGCAAUCGUUAAAUGUAUAACUUUUAACAAAAUGUUUGUUUUCCACUAAGAAAAGUUAUAAAAUGUGGUGGCUUUGUUAUGAUACUUGAAGCAAUACUCGGAAAGUAAAUAUCAUUCUUCAAAGUGAA